AUAAUCUGUAUAUAUCUCUCCCCUCAUCAAAGAGAAACUUUAAAUCACAGUUAAUGUCUUGUUUGAGUCUAGGCAAUAAGCUUCCACCCCCUAAGAGGGCAUGGGAGAGCUUCACCUCCAAACUCCAAAGGAAGCUUCACAAGCUCAAGCAAUCCAAAGCCAUCAUCAAGAAAACCACAAGUCGUCUCAACACCACUCUAGCUGCCGUUCUCAAUCGCUCACCUUCAUUUCCUUCUCGCCUUCUUCAACGUGAGACCAAGAGGCGAGUGAUUGCUCGAUCAUCUGCCUCUACACUUCGUCGUCCUCAUAAGCAAUAUCACAAACAUCACAGCCGCAAACAGAAAUUCGCACCUGUGUAUGUGGAUGACCUGUUUACAACUGAACCCAUCUCAGUUCAGGCAUCAACAACUGUAACAACCACAGGUAAGGUCAUAGAGAAGUCCCCUGUAGAAUCCUCAAGUGAUAUUACAUAUGUUCCUCCCAAAGACUGUUCAGGGCAGGCUGUGAUGGAGGUGCCACAGCUGCAGGGAGUGGAUAAGAGAGCAGAGGAAUUCAUAGCAAAGUUUAAGGAGGAGAUGAGGCUUCAGAGGCAGAGAUCGUUUGGGGAAUACCAGGAGAUGCUGGCUCGGGGUUCGUAGCGAUCAAUAAUCAUCUUUUCUUUACAAAUUACAAUGCUUCUGUGAAGUUCUAGUUCGUAUAUUAAAAAUUCAGGGGAGGA